AACUAAAAAAGAUUCUUCCUUUUGCUUCAACUUCGAGCUUUGUGUGGAUCUCUCACUUGCAUAAGCAAAUCUCUUAUCGAUUUCCAAAGAAAAAUCACUUCUUAAUCUACACAAGGUGUGUAGCCUUCUAUAUAGAUCAGAUAAAUAAAGGUCAUUUUCUGAGGAUAAUGGUUGAUGCUCUAAGUUUCUUACUUGCUUAUUUGUGAUGGAAAAUGUAAGAGGUUCGAGACACAAUCUGAGAGAAGUGGAAACAAUAAUGUUGAAGCCAUUGCCAGAUAUAGCUGAGAGUAUCGAUGAUGCUAUCUGUCAUAAACUCUCCAUGUGGCCUGAAGAGGCUAAUGAUUUGUUGUUGAUAGUGGAGGCAAUAUCAAGGGGAGACUUGAAAUUGGUACUGGUUGCUUGUGCAAAAGCUGUUUCUGAGAAUAAUCUUCUGAUGGCACGAUGGUGUAUGGGUGAGUUACGCGGUAUGGUUUCGAUAUCUGGUGAGCCAAUCCAGAGGUUGGGAGCUUACAUGUUAGAAGGGCUUGUGGCAAGGCUUGCUGCCUCUGGUAGUUCGAUAUACAAGUCUCUUCAAUCCAGAGAACCGGAGAGUUAUGAAUUUUUAUCUUAUGUGUAUGUUCUGCAUGAGGUUUGCCCAUAUUUCAAGUUUGGGUACAUGUCAGCGAAUGGUGCAAUCGCAGAAGCAAUGAAGGAUGAAGAGAGGAUCCACAUUAUUGACUUCCAAAUUGGGCAAGGGAGCCAGUGGAUUUCACUGAUUCAGGCUUUUGCAGCUAGGCCUGGUGGGGCUCCAAAUAUUCGAAUUACCGGAGUUGGUGAUGUAUCUGUCUUGGUUACAGUCAAGAAAAGAUUAGAGAAACUUGCAAAGAAGUUUGAUGUCCCAUUCAGGUUCAAUGCGGUUUCAAGGCCAAGUUGUGAAGUUGAAGUGGAAAAUCUUGAUGUCCGAGAAGGCGAAGCCCUUGGAGUGAACUUUGCUUACAUGCUGCACCAUUUGCCAGAUGAGAGUGUAAGCAUGGAAAACCACAGGGACCAGUUGCUGAGGAUGGUGAAGAGUCUAUCACCUAAAGUAGUCACUCUUGUGGAACAAGAAUGCAACACGAACACUUCCCCUUUCCUUCCUAGGUUCCUUGAGACAUUAAGUUAUUACACGGCAAUGUUUGAAUCUAUCGAUGUGAUGCUUCCGAGAAAUCACAAAGAAAGGAUCAAUAUCGAGCAGCACUGCUUGGCAAGGGAUGUCGUCAACAUCAUAGCUUGUGAAGGAGCUGAGAGGAUCGAAAGACAUGAGCUUCUCGGGAAAUGGAAGUCAAGGUUUUCCAUGGCGGGUUUUGAGCCAUACCCCUUGAGCUCAAUCAUUUCAGCCACCAUUAGAGCCCUCUUGAGAGAUUACAGCAACGGGUAUGGGAUUGAAGAAAGAGAUGGUGCUCUGUACCUUGGUUGGAUGGGCAGAAUCUUGGUCUCAUCUUGUGCAUGGAAGUGAAAGAAUAAAUGUCUCCAAGAAUGUAAUGCAAAAGACAGAACUGGAAGUAAUAGAUAGUUUUGUUUCAA